AUCAAAACAACAAACAAAAAGCACCAAAGAAUUAAAAUUCCUUAUUCCUCACAACAGUACAAACAACACAGGAAAAUAACCCCUUCCGCCAUGGGAGGAGGAGCUCAAGCUCUGAGCCUUCUUGAAGGUGAGAAUGAAAGCAUAACAGCUCGCAUUUCUGCAACAGCCGAAUACGCAAACCUGCUGGGUCUGCCAGAAAACGACAAAAACAGCGUGGGACCCCCAAAGAUUGUGUCGGUUCUUGGGUCAGUUCUUGAGAAGACGAUGAAGAAGAACGAGAAGCAGAGGGGGUUCUCUGUUUCUGCUGACGUCACGGUUUUCAAUGGCAGCCGGGCUCCUUCCAUGAGUGUGGGUCAGUACGUGGACCGGAUCUUCAGGUAUUCCAACUGCAGCCCGGCCUGCUUCGUGGUUGCGUACAUUUACUUGGACCGGUUCGUUUCUCGGACCGGAGCCUUGCUGACGUCACUUAACGUUCACCGCCUUCUGAUUACUUCCAUCGUGUUGGCCGCCAAGUUCCUCGACGACGGCUGUUAUAAUAAUGGAUACUACGCAAAGGUUGGAGGGAUCUCAAACUCAGAACUGAACAAGCUGGAGAUGAAGUUUUUGACUGCUCUUCAGUUCAGGCUGCAUGUCAGUGUUGACACCUUCAUCAGCUACUGUGCGCUGCUCGAGAAACCGGAACGUCUGGUCAACCCGCCGCGGGUUAGAAAUUCCGGUUUCAGGAAAUAUUUAGCUAAGAUAUUGAUUGUGCAAUGAGAAUUGUAAUUACAUGUGCUGAUGGACAAUAUUAACCCCAUUUUGUAUGAAUGUAAAAUGAAUCUAACACAGAUAUCAU